UCGGGUUCAGCGCAAGCAGUGGAUGACGUUGACCUCACAAAAAACAAAUGUGCUGAUUCUGAAGCAGGGGUCGAAAACCAGAGGCUUGGAAAGGCUCUGUAGAGUUAAUUAUAGGACGAAGACUAUGUUAAAAAAGCUUACAGGAAGGAAGUGUCCUGUUUUAUCAGAAAAAUAAAAUAGGCCUUUGUUUGCUUUGUGGGGUCCUCCGAUGGAAACCAGACCCAAUGGAAGUUCCCUUGGAGGUAACGAUGCAUCCAACGUAUCACGGUGGAUCUUCGAGAUUUCCCGGCGGUACCGGCACGUCCUGGACAAAAUGAUCCCGCACAUUGUGAGCCGUUGGAUCGGAUGCCUGACUUUAAUGGCGCUCUACGCCGUACGCGUGUACUUGGUGCAGGGCUUUUACAUCGUCACUUACGGCCUAGGCAUCUACUUGCUGAAUCUGCUGAUUCAAUUCCUUUCCCCUCAGGUGGACCCCGAGAUGCAGGACGGCCCUUCCCUCCCCACCCGUGGAUCCGAUGAGUUUCGCCCUUUCGUUCGCCGACUCCCCGAGUUCAAAUUCUGGCACUCUAUUAUGGUGGCUUUUAGCAUUGGUUUUGUGAUGACAUUCUACAGAGUGUUUGAUGUGCCUGUCUGUUGGCCAGUACUUCUUUUCUACUGGUUUACCCUCUUCAUCCUAACCAUGAAGAGACAGAUAUCACACAUGAUCAAAUAUAAAUACGUUCCUUUCUCCUUUGGGAAACAGCGAUACGAUGGCAAGAAGGUGUCUUCAAAAGAAAGAACCAACCUUCCUACGGAUUAAAUUCCUCUAGCUUUUUACUGAGUUAGCCUUAGGAUGCUAAAGAGAAGCUUUUGUUUUGAGAAACCAAAGGUAUUGCCAAAUAAUGGUUUGUAAUGAAAGGGAAAUACGACAUUCCUUGUCACCUGUUCGGUAACUUCUCAAAUGUAUUUCGCAGAAGAUGGAACCAAUCAAGCAAGUCCUGUUAAUAUACAUCAUUUUUAGUUGUGAAGUUGAAUUUAUGUAUGUUAAUCCAAAUUGCUAGAGAGUACUCGGCAAAUAAAGAUAGUCUUUUGAAUU